AUGUCUACAAAUUUUAGUGAUUCUGUAGAAUCACUAAAACAACAAGGUAAAAAUGUUUCCAUUUCAAGACUUUUCAAUAUACAAUUCAAGAAAAACAAUAAUAAUAAUAAUAAUACUUGUAAUCCAGAGACUAAUACCGCCAAAUUAAACGAUAAUGGUUUUGGUUCCUUUGAUGAAAAGAAUAAUUAUAAUGAUAACGAUAAUACUAAUGAUAAUGAUCUUACAUUUAAUAAUUUAAGUAUUUCGAAUUCGAACUCGAACUCUAACGCGUAUAGUAAUAAUAAUAGUACUUUGAAUAGUGAUAAUGAACUUAGAAUGAACUUUAUGUCUCCAAUGAAUCAAAAUAAUGAUAUUACUCCUAAACCUACAAUGAAUGUUAUUGAUAAUGGGGAUAAUGAACCUCAUACGAAAUUUAAUAGAUUUAAGAAUAUGUUUCAUGGUCACAAGAUAAAUGCACCUUCUACUCAAUUGUUUAAGGAUAAAUUACGAGCUAUAUCGAAGUCAAAAUCGUCCAUGGGUGAAAUUGAUCAAAAUAUUCACGAAAACUUUAAUGGCGAUGAUGAAGAAUUCGAUGUUAAUUCAGAUAAUUCGAUAGAAGAAUCUUUGAUAGAGUUUCCUUCUAUUAAUAUAUCAAGUAAACUGACACUUGAUUCGGACACACAUACAAGAAAUAGUAGUGGUUAUAGACAUGAAAUAUCACCACCCACUACAAAUAUUGAAUUGAUAUCUUCUACCACUAAUAAUAAUAAUAAUAAUAAUAAUAAUAACGGUUUUGAAUUAGGUAACGCGUCCUUACUUUCAGAUAGAAUUUAUACUUCAAAUGAUAAAAUGGCUCGAUUCCGCUCACCAUCAAAUCCUACUGUUGCUAGUCCCACACAUAGAUACACUGAUAUGUCGCCAGUGACAUCAAUUGACACUAGAUUUAGAAGUGGAUCGCAAGCUGAAUCAUUUAUAUCAACAAACCCAUUCCGGUCAGAGGGAGCUAGUCAGACGAACGUAUCAGUGUCAUCGAAUAAUCCAUUUUUCAGCAUCUCGGGAUCUGGAUCACCUACUUCAGCACAUGCUAAUAGUAAUAGUUUUCCAAAUAUAGAUAAACAACCCCCCACAAAUAUUGCAUCAGUUAAGAAGUAUCAUAGAAAUUUAAGUAAUGUAUCAUUAAACGAAAUAAAGGAAAAUGAAGAACUUGAACAAUUUAGAACCGCCAAUAUGAAUAACAAUUUCUUCCCUUCGAGUAAUCGAUCCUCAUUUAUUUCAUCUGCUCCUGGUAGUAGAACUCCUUCAAUUAUUACAACACCAUCAGAGACUAAUAUUCAAGGAAUGUCUCUAAGAAAACAACGUUCUGAUUCCUUAAACGAAUUAGCCUCUAAUUCUAAAAUUUUAAAUAACGUUGAAAAGGACUAUUUUUCAUUACAAAGAUCUCCGAAUAUAACAGAUAGAAGAGCUACUAUAUUUAGCAGGUCAUCAGCCGAUAACAACUCAUUUACGGGACUAGCACCAAAGAGAUCCAGUAGACUUCGUACUAAAUCAUUUAGUAAUAAAUUUAAAGAGGUAACUGUUCAACCUAGUUCUUUUAUCAAAAUACGAAAAUUAGGUGAAGGAGACGUUGGAAGAGUUUAUUUGGUACGAGAGAAAAAAACUGAUAAUUUAUUCGCUAUGAAAGUAAUAUCGAAGAGAGAAAUGAUCAAACGUAAAAAGACAAAAAGAAUAUUGGCUGAACAAGAAAUUUUAGCUACAAGUAAUCAUCCCUUUAUUGUCACAUUAUACCAUACAUUCCAGACAGAAGAACAUCUAUUUUUUUGUAUGGAAUAUUGUGUUGGGGGCGAAUUUUUCCGUGCAUUACAAACAAGAGAUUCAAAAUGUAUUUGUGAAGAUGAUUCCAAAUUUUAUUUAUGUGAGGUUAUUGCUGCCUUGGAGUACCUUCAUUUAUUAGGCUUUAUUUAUAGAGAUUUGAAACCGGAAAAUAUUUUGUUACACCAAUCAGGACAUAUAAUGUUAUCUGAUUUUGAUUUGUCAAUCCAAGUCCCAACUUCGAAGACUCCCUCUUUGCAAGGUUUGAAUGUCGACACCAAUAUAUCUUCAGACAGUUUUAGAACAAACUCAUUUGUUGGUACAGAAGAAUAUAUCUCUCCAGAUGUUAUACGGGGGAAUGGCCACAACGUUAGUGUUGAUUGGUGGACACUGGGUAUCUUAUUAUAUGAAAUGCUAUAUGGUAUAACCCCAUUCAAAGGUAAGGAUAUAAAUGAAACAUUCGCAAAUAUCUUGAAGAAAGAUGUAUCAUUUUCAAAUAACGUUUCUGUAUCAAGGGUCUGUAAAGAUCUUAUAAAAAAAUUAUUGAUCAAAGAUGAACACAAAAGAUUGGGAUCAAAGAAGGGGGCUGCGGAUUUAAAAUCACAUCCAUGGUUUAAAAAAGUUGCGUGGUCGUUUCUAAGGAAUCAACAACCACCUUUGAUUCCAGUUUUAACUUCAAAUGGUUAUGAACUGACUAGUUCAACAAACAAUAAUUAUGAUCACGGCACUACGGAUUCCCUUAACAGUAAUGAUAAUGACUACUACACAGAAGAAGUGGAAUACGAUGAUGAUAUAUCCGACGAAGAUCCCUUCCACAAUUUUAAUUCUAUGAGUUUAUUAAAAUCUGACGACUCUGGUGAAAGAAUGAAAUUUACCGAUAAAAUAUCAUACGGUAGCGUAACAUACGCUGUAAACAAUAGUAGACCACGUAGCGAUAGUGGGAGUAGAAAUUUCUUCAAACGAUAA